UUCAAGUUUCAUUCUUUCCAUUAAAGAAAAGGAAACAGCUGUCACUGUCCAAGGUCCGGCGUCUUGACCAGAGAGCGGGUAAAGUAGGAGUAGAACGAGAACUACUGGUGCUGGAAUUUUACCUGACAUCAGUCAGUUCAUCAACGCCGGGCACAUUCCUAAGAAACGCAGUGAGAUGCUUGCUUUAAAGAGAUUCUGCCGAUCAGUAACGGGUUUGGAUCCGGACCCAUCCGAAUACGCUGGGAUCGAGUUCUGGUCCAACCCGGAACGAGCAGGGUGGCUCACCAAGCAAGGCCAGCACAUCAAGACCUGGCGCCGCCGUUGGUUUGUUCUUAAGCAGGGAAAGCUUCUCUGGUUCGAAGACAACCUUUCUGCCUCCAGGCACGACGGCAUCCCUCGCGGCGUGGUCCCUGUGGCCAAGUGCCUCACCGUCAAAGGUGCGGAGGACGUCCUCCAGAAGCCCUUGGCCUUCGAGCUCUCAAUCGGCAAUGAAGAGCCGAUGUAUCUCCUCGCCGAUACCGAGAAAGAGAAGGAGGAGUGGAUCAAUUCCAUUGGACGCUCUGUAGUUCAGCACUCUAAAUCUGUGACCGACUCUGAGGUCGUCGAUUACGACAGCAGGCGGUAGUCUAAGAAGAUAAACCAUGCUAAUGGUAUAAGAAAUGCAAAUAUGUCCCUGCCACUGCUCCUUGGUGUGCCAAGCCGGCCCUUUGCACGGUGCUGUUGUUUGGAACUUCAGAGUCAUUUGGCUCUGUAAACUUUCUUUACUUUGAUAUUAUGAUAUUGGUAUUGAAUCUGAAGUUACAACUGGUAUAAGAAUUAAGAAUGUGUAAUUGUGUAUUAGUCACCUAGAAUAGGUGUGCUUCACCUAAUGCAACAGUGGUACUUCAUUAUGUUGUUUGUGAAAUUGCCUAUAUUUUGGGUUUCAUAUGCAAUGUCUAUUAUCUAAACAAUACGGUGUAUAUGUAACCUACCUAAUCAGCAUUAUCAAACUUAAACUGGGCC